CAAUCUUACAUCACAUACCGUAUGCGGUGUAAGAUUGCAUAUGUACAAGAAAAGGAUACGGAUACAUUCAGGUCGGAUUACACGAUGAUGACAAUUCGCUAACAAGAGUCGGAAAAGGCGUAGAUACCGAAAAUGACAGUCAGGCCAAAGUGAGAUGUGCAUCUGACCUGACCCUCUUAAAUCAUCAUGGCAUUUGUGAGAUCCAAGCACCAAAACCAUCGGUAGAAUUAAUCGACCAAAAUACGCGACGCGUGGGAGACCACUGCCAACGGUCUAUGGCCGGACUGUGAAACGUACGGUUAGACGAGCGAAUGCACAGCGAAUGCCAAGCUCGACGCAGCUCGAACUUUUUCUGUCACAGUAGCAUCAUCCUCCUCCUCAUCGACGACGACGACGACGACGACGACUGCAGUAGGCGGCGGAGUAACGCGUCUGCUGCCGUGAGUGGCACGAGCAAACUGUGGAUUCUGGUUGGUUCUGUGGCGCGGACGGGGCGUUCCGGGAGGGACCUGGCGCGCCUGCUGCCUGCCGGUGCUUGCGGCUUUGGAAGCUUUAUGAGUGGGAAUAAGCUGUCGUCACUGCGCGGGGAGGAGGGGGAGCUUUCUGCGAGCACUGUGUACUUGCGAACGCAGUUCUACUUUCCGCAGCGCUGAGCGAUGAAGCUUCGUUGGCUCUGCGAUGUACGGGCAGGGGCGAGUGUCGAUCUCCAUCCGUUCUGGAUCUGGGGACGGGCUUUGAAUUAGUGACAGGAUUUGUAGAUGCCAGAUUAGCUGCGAGCGAGCGAGCGUGCGUGCGUGCGUGCGGGCAAGAAACGGAAGUUGAAGGGUUGUGGAUAGUGGAGAAAAUUUUUAGUCGCGGUCGAAUGGUGUAGGACUCCAGUGCUCUCUGGUAUGAAUGUGCAAGUCGGGCCGCGGGCAAGCUACAAUCGUAGACGACGUUGGAGUGCUUCUUGCAUGCCGAUGAGAAGUGCGGGGGGGCCUGGCAUGCCCCAUCCCUGUGUUCGAGCCCUUGUAUCAUCACUUUCCACUCGACAGAGCGACUUGCAGAUUUUAACUGUUCAGCUUUUCAUUGAUUCUAAUCUUGUACAUUCUCUGGCCGAGAGUGAUCGGAGUCAUGCCGAAGACUAUCAUGCCUCUUGUUUUACCGGAUCAAAAUCUCGAAAAGAAGAAGGCAGCAUCCCGUAGUUGGCUGCUUCUCGAUGCCAAUGGGGACUCUAUGAUGCUGGAAGUCGACAAGUACGCCAUAAUGCACAGAGUUGGAAUUCAUGCUCGAGACCUUCGCAUCCUUGACCCCUUAUUGUCGUACCCUUCCACGAUCCUGGGGCGUGAGCGUGCGAUUGUUCUUAAUCUUGAGCACAUCAAGGCCAUCAUUACUGCGGAAGAGGUGUUGUUGCGGAAUCCGCACGAUGAGUUUGUCAUUCCGAUUGUGGAAGAGCUUUGUCGCCGUUUGCCGCCUAAAAGUGGAAGAAAGCAUAUGAAUGCUUCUGCACUUGCAGGAUAUGAUGAGACGAGUGAGAGAGAAAAUAAAGAUGGGUCAUCCUGGGACCCCCAUAACGAGAAUCCAGACUCUGGCGCCGAUGUACCCCCAUUUGAAUUCCGAGCUUUGGAAGUCGCGCUGGAAGCCAUAUGCAGUUUCCUGGACGCACGAACAACUGAGCUGGAGACAAACGCGUAUCCUGCCUUGGAUGAGCUAACAAAAAAGAUCAGCAGCCGUAACUUGGACCGCGUGAGGAAGCUAAAGAGUGGCAUGACGAGACUUACAGCUCGAAUUCAAAAGGUUAGGGAUGAGCUUGAGCAGUUACUCGAUGACGACGAAGAUAUGGCUGAUCUUUUCUUAACGAGGAAAAUGGUCGGAUCUGGUUCUCCCACUGCACCAUCUGUGGUACCCAGUUGGGUGCCAGCAUCUCCAACAAUAGGCUCCCGUAUCUCUCGAGCUAGCAGGGCCAGCACUGUGACAUCUUACGGACAUGGAUCUGAUGAUGUUGAAGAACUUGAGAUGCUGCUAGAGGCAUACUUCAUGCAGAUCGACGGUACCUUGAACAAAGUUACCACACUACGGGAGUACAUUGAUGAUACGGAGGAUUAUAUCAACAUUCAGCUAGAUAAUCACCGAAAUCGUCUCAUCCAGUUGGAACUUAUUCUGAGUUCGGCAACAGUCGUCAUGGCAAUUUAUUCAUUGGUAGCCGCAAUUUUCGGAAUGAAUCUUCCGUACAAGUGGAAUGAAGGCUAUGGUUAUAUUUUCAAAUGGGUAGUUAUCCUCGGUGGAGUAGGAUGCUUGACGGUCUUUCUGAUGGUGUUGGGUUAUGCGCGCUACAAACGACUGAUUGGGACAUGAGCAAGGUUCGCAGAGUAAAUUCUAGGGGUUAAGUUCUCAAUUAUUCAGAUUAGGAAACUGAGUGCUCGGUACAACCAUUCAUUAUAUACUUUAGUUAGUGAUAUAAUUUGAAGAACCACUAGUGCUUUUAUUGUUGGCUCACUAGAUGGAACAUUCAUUCUAGCUGCAAAGAUCUGUUCUUAACACUUAAUGAAGAGUUUUGAUUGAUCUUAUUCAUGUCGAGUGGGUGUUAUAAAUCUUGAAUUUUUGUAUCUCAGAGAUUCUAAUAUAGAAUAUAGAUGAC